AUGGCGUCGCCAGACUUGCUGCUGGCCAUGCAGCAGAUGCAGAUGCAGCAGCUGGCGGCCAUGCAGGGCCUGGGGGUCCUGCCCACGGCGCUGCCCGCAGGUCUGCCCACCAUGCCAGCGGCGGCGGCCAUGCCGGCGGCGGCCAUGGCGCCGGCGAUGCCGGCGGCGGCGCCGGCGCAAGCUGCGCAAGAGAUGGUCAAGAUGGCCAAGAAGAUGUCGAUGUGCAAGUUCUUUGCCGCCGGAACCUGCAACAAAGGCACCAACUGCAGCUUUGCGCAUUCGCCAGAGGAGAUCGGCCAGGAGGUGCCUGUGGCAGCUGCCACCGGCAAGGUGAAAACCAGCAUGUGCAAGUUCUUCCCCUUUGGCACAUGCAACAAGGGGCAGUCCUGCCCGUUUGCGCACGUGGAGACCGAGAUCGGCAUGCCCAUGCCAGAGCGGCCUCCACCGCAGAACUUCGUUCGGGCUGGCGACUGGACAUGCGAGUGUGGCAACCAUAACUUUGCGAGCCGAAUCCGAUGCAACAGCUGCAGCAAGCUGAAAGAAGGAAAGAAGGAAGGCGACUGGAUGUGCAGCAAUUGCAGGACUGAAAAUGACGCCUCUUUCCCAACGUGCAUGCAGUGCGGGUCACCCAAAGAGAGCGCCAAUCUCACGUCCAAAAUGGAGCAGAUGACUGCUUCGAAGGGCGGAGGGAAGAACAGAAGUCAUCCGUAUGGAGGGAAGGGCGGCGGCGCAGGCGGCGGCGCAUGCGGCGGCGCAUGCGGCGGCGAAUGCGCUGGCGGAUGCGGCGGCGGAUGCGGUGGCGGGUGGUGGGACGACUGGAGCAGCUGGGGCUGGGGCGAGGCUGGUGCUGACCCAUGGAGUGCCAUGGGCGCUGCCAUGGCUAUGAUGUCUGGCAAAGGCAACGGCAAAGGCUCAGAGAAAGGCUUCUCGCAGAGCUUCCAGCCCAGCUACCAGGCCAGAGCAGGCGACUGGACAUGCGAGUGUGGCAACAUCAAUUUUGAGACCCGAGUGAAGUGCAACAGAUUCAGCUGUGGCAGAAUGAAGCCGGGCUACGCGGAGGGCGAUUGGCUUUGUCGCAAGAGAGCGGUUUUGCAGCUGGAGUUUGCUUUGUUGACUGUGGAGCUGACUGUGGAGCGCUUGAAGCAGGGUGAGUUCUUUAAGGUGUGCAACAUCAUUCAGGUGGACCCCAGUGUCCCGCGCUUCAUGCCCUCAUCCUUGGCUGGGGCCACGGAGAGGGCUGGAGAGAACCAAAUUCGAAGACUGGUGGACAUGGAGAACUUCGAGGGUGAAAUUUCUUGCAACGAUGGUGGAGGUACAGGAGCUACAGAGGAAGCUGUUGGUGACUACCAAAUUGCGAAGGCAAUUCCCCUGUCCACUUCCAUGAUUGUGAAGAAGGGGCUCUGGAAGAGGCAGACGCAGCUUCCAGAACCUCUCGCCGUGGAGGGGCCCUCGUCCGCGGAGGCUCUGGAGCAGGCAGCGAAGCUGAGGGGCCAUGGCGGAAGCACAGGGUUGCUGGCAGAGGUCCUCGGAGUGUCCACGGAGGCACGGAAAACUUGGACGGAGCGCUGCGCGGUUCAUGGGAAGCCGGAGCUGGGCUGCGAAAUGGGCCGUGUCUUCACGUGUGGAAUGUCCCAAGGCAGGCAUCCCAGACCGUGCAUGGCGCUUCCUGAGGACUACACCUUUCAGGUGACCUGCGGCUCUGAUGGGCCCACCUGCAGCUGGCUCUUUCGUGAGUCCCAGGCGUUGGAUUUCUCGAAGCGUCCGCUGGUGCAGCAGUUCUGCUGGGCAGGUCUGCAGCGCACCGGGCUUUUUGGCGGCAUGCUGCACACGGAGGCGUUCAACGUGCGGUUGGCUCAUCUCUCCUGUUUCGCCGGCAUGGCCUUUCUGCUAUCCGCCUGCGCGGUGGCUGAGUCCGAGUGCAAGGCGCCUUCAAAGGUGGAGAGCUCUACCCACGGAGAAGACCCGGCCCUGAGCUUCUUCAUGGUGGCCUUCCGUGCCCUGGGGAUGGUGAGCCACUGCUUGGACGCCAGCGACUGGCCCAUGACCCUGGCGGAGUUUUCCGCGAAUUUCCAGCUCUUCGUUGAGCACGGCUGCGGCUUUACUUGGCUACGGCCAGCCAGAGGUUUGCCCUUCAUCCGGGGCGUGUCAGGGGAGACGCUGCAUGACGUGGUGCCCUGGGCCAAAGGGGUCCACAACCAUCACGAGGUGCACAUGCGCAUCAACUGGGCCUUGGGCGCCUGGGACAAUCGGAUGUACUGGGAGCAAAAGAUGCGAAACAUGCCAGGCCAGCUUCUCAGCAUGAAGCACCAGGACCCACUCGAUUUCUGUCAUCUGCAUCCGGGGAGCGGGGAGCUGCGGAUGCUCAUCCUGGGCACCGGCCCCGUGGCGGCGGAGCGCACCUUCCGCUGCGGCGAGCUCCAGGGCUCCGUGACUUCCUGCGACGCCUUCAGCCGCCUCUACCGGCGCCUGGCGCAGGAGACGGAGUUCCGGCCCCCCCACGGCAUUCCGGAGUAUUGUGAUGUAGAAGAGCUAUGGCAGUUCUAUCCAAGAGACUACUUCCACGUGGUCUACGUGAGCAACGCCAUGGAUCAUACCGUGCAUCCGCUGCGGGGCCUGAAGAUGCUGCUGUGGGUGCUGCGCCCAGAAGGGAAGCUGAUGCUUCGCCACUUCAGGAAUGUGCAUCCCGAGAAGUGGGUGACGCUGUCGGAUGGCCAGCACCAGUGGGGCUUUGAUGUGGCCGGUGCCAGCGGACAGGAAAGCUUUCUGGUGUGGAACCAUCUCCAUCGGUGGAAUGUCACAGAGAUUCUGGAUGCAGAUGGAGCGACCACCACUGCGUUCUUCAAAGAGCCCUUUGUGGAGGUGGAGAUCAGGAAGACGGGCAGCUACAAGCACAGCAUGCAUCCCUAA